AUGCUUUUUUCAGUGGCCGUUCUUGUUGUGACAGCGCUUCCGACAGUCUCUGCACUGGCAUUUGACGGCGCUGUUGGCUUCGGCUCUAUAGCCACAGGAGGCACUGGGGGUACCACCGUCACGGUUACGACUUUGGCAGAUUCAGGAACAGGCUCCCUACGGGACGCUGUAAGCGAGCCAAAUCGGAUCAUCGAGUUCUCCGUUAGCGGCUAUAUCGAGCUUCAGUCGGCCCUAUCACUAUCAAGUGACUUGACAAUCAACGGGCAGACGGCUCCAGGCAAUGGAAUCGGAAUCAUGGGAGCUGAAGUUUCGGCUAGUGGCAAAAGUAAUAUCAUCAUUCGCAACUUGCGCAUGCGACAAGGAACUCUAGAUUCCGACACGGGUCAUAGUGCAUUCAACAUGGGAGAUGCAUCUAACAUUAUCCUCGACCAUUGCUCGGUUGAAUACGGCCAGUGGGAUUCUAUCGAUGCGGUUGGAGCAGUCAACAUCACCGUUUCCAACUCGAUUAUCGCACUACCGAUUGGACAGCAAUUCGGAGCUCAUGUGGAGACAGGCCCUUCCACCUUUUAUCGUAACCUCUGGGUCAGCGCUCAUAACCGCCAGCCACUAUCCAAAGAUAAUACCCAGUAUAUCAACAAUGUGGUAUACAAUUUUCAAGCGGCGUAUACGUCGGGGAACACAGCCGGCUACUUCUCCCACGACAUCAUCGGCAAUUAUUUUAUUACGGGACCAAGUACUUCGACUGCGAAGGAUGUAUUCUACCAGAUGGAUUCUGAGCAAAGCGUAUACGCUUCAGGGAACUAUCUCGAUGACAACAACGAUGGGGAGCUAAAUGGAAGCUCCUACAAUACCGUUGGCUCUGCGACUGUGCUUUCUGAACCCUGGGCGUCGGACUCUUCGAGUCUCGCUACUCUUUCCGCAGCAGAGGCUGUCACGUACGUCUUGGCGAAUGCGGGCGCUUUGCCCCGAGAUGAGUUAGAUACGUUUGUCGUCACCCAGGUCAAGUCGUACGGAACACAGGGGACAUUAUAUAAGAGCCAGGCGUCUACAGGGGUAUCAAAUGGAGGCUAUGGGACUCUUUGA